AUACUUUCAGGACUUUCAACCUUCACAAUCCUCACAAUGAGCACCACACAAGCCACACAAGCCGCCCAAACCCUCCUCAAAGCCGCACGCGUCGACCCGGCCAUCUUCCAGCUCCGGCCUGACUAUCGUGCCCUCCUGAUGGUGGUGGAGAACAUCCCCCAGGGUCCCAGCGACCAAAUCAGCGAAAACCUCCUCCAGCAGGCCGAGACACAUGUCAAAGAACUAUUAGCUAACAAGCCCGUAACCGAGCUUCCGCACAUCUCCGCCUGGCGCGAAACCUACAAGGCCUUCGGCGCCAAACCCCAGAAGACCCGCAACAGCCUGGAAGCGCUUACCCGGCGUGUCGAGGCGGGUCUGCCCCGGGUUAACCGUCUGACGGAUAUCUAUAACGCCAUCUCGAUCAAGCACCAGCUGCCCUUUGGAGGCGAGGAUCUCGACAAGUACGACGGGGCACCAUUCCUCAUCCGUGCGACGGGCACGGAACCAUUCCAGACCUUCUCCGGUGGAGAGCCGCAGACGGAGCUGGCGGCGCCGGGGGAGCCGAUCUGGUGCGACAGCACGGGGAUCACCUGUCGGCGGUGGAAUUGGCGGCAGGGCCCGCGGACGGCGUUGACGGAUGAGACGACCCGGGUGUUGUUCAUCAUUGAUGCCUUGGGGCAGGUGGUCUCGGAUGUAGCGUUGGAAAGCGCAGCCGAUGAGUUGGCGGAGACGUUGAAGGGGCUUUCGCCGGAGGUGCAGGUGGCUCGUCGGGUUAUUAGUGCAUCAUCGGACUGAGCUUGGGCUGAAGAUUUGCGUGUUUGAGUUUGGAGCUGUUUCAACAUAGAAGAGCGAAGCAUAGUG